AUGGUUCAAAGUGAAUCAGGCUGUGCCUAUUUAUUAUCUUCCAUUCGUUUGAUCUGCUCAGCAUUCCCUUCGUCAUUGUUAUCCCUUCUCUUCAUCUACUCGACUUUCGCUCUCUUACCUAUCAAGGUAUUUGCGAAACCAAUCUCGGCGACAAAAGUUCCUCGAAGUAAUCCGUUAGGAAUAGAUUGGUCACCAGCGCCACCACCAGAAAACGGUCCACCAUUUUCAGCUGGAGCUUCACGAAAUAAAGAACUUUUACCAGCUCAGAUUGGUGGUAUUAUUGGAGCAUAUUUAUUUUCCCUUUGCGUCGUCGCAAUUCUCAUAAUCACUCUCGGAAGAAGACUACGAAGACAACUUGAAUUGGAUGCUAGAGCUUUGGAGGUAGAAUUGGUAGACUCAGCAUAUGGUGGCAUUAACACAGGGUCUUCAGGUCCAACACCACUUACUCCAGCAAAUCUUCGAAACUUUUCUUGGCCAUCUCCUGAUAAGAAAUACUUUGCACCAGGAAUAAAUCCUGACCCAAGCGCUUUUGUUUUUCCUCCGAUACACCAAUCAUACGAGACCUCUUACGUUUACCCUACGCAAAGACAUCACAGUAUACACCAGAGUGUAUAUUCACACCAAAGUAACCUUAGUAUCGAUAAUAAGGUUGUUGAAGCUGAUCGAGAAAUGAUGAAUCGAAAUCUUGAGGAUUUAUAUGCUCAUGUUAUGGAGCAGGAGGAGGCGAAGGCUGCAGGGGUGGAUGUAAGAAGUAUGCCUCCUCCAAAAGUACCAGGCGAAGUAUCUGCGACAGCACUACAACAACAACCGCAAUCAAAGAAGUUCGGCAAACAUAAACCAACAGAAAUCAACACCAAUGACAAUAUAUCAACCAAAACCCACUCUCGAGCAUCCUCCAUAAUUUCAGCUCUUACUUCUCCUAGAUCAGCCCCGAAAUCUCCUAAAUCCCCAAGAAGAAAAGGAAUCCGGGGAUUACGAAUUUCAUCUCCAAUGGCAACACCACACUCCACCACUUUCUCACAUGCUGCAUCGGAUGAAGAGCCUUUAACACCACGAGAAUAUGUGCAUCGAGCCCCACCACCAAUUCCAAAAAAUCAACUUCCCUAUGGCUCCACAUCAGCCAAUGGUGAAUCACCUACUCGGAGUAUAGCAGAGACUCUCGAAACAAUAUCACCUGUAUCUCCUCAACGAAGUCUUCCUUCCCUCAAUACUCGUAAUCUCCAAAUCUCCCUCAAAUCCGAAAUGAAUACCGCUUCUCCUCAAUCUGCAACAAGCGACCGCACUAGAACCAUGUUUUCCAGACCUCUCCGGUCUACCUCUUCAAAACUAUCUCUCCCUAAUAACCCAAAAAUCUCAAACAGUCCCUCGGCGUCUCCUGAUUCUCCAUCAUCAUCCACAGUCAUCGGCUCCACUUCGACUAACAAUACUCAAACUGCCUCUGCUGUCAACCCAACCCGCUCCCUCCCCUUCCGAGAACAAUUCCAACAAAACACGCUUUCCCCCAAUCUUCCUACUAAAAUGACCGUUCUCGAACGUGUCCCUAGGGAUAAUGGACAAAAGACUGGAGGACUUAGAACUGGGGGUCUUAAAACACCUUUCAGUGGUGGCACAGUACCAUAUAGUCCUUAUCAACCAUUUACACCCAUGAUGCCAAUUACACCGCGCUUGGUGACGAAAGAAGAUAGGAAGAAGAUGAAGAAAGCUAUGCCUAGGACACCGGUGGUGGAAUUAAUAAAGAGUGAAGAGGAGAUUUGGGAUAGUGGGUACUGA